GGGCGGGGCUUCUGGUUAAGAGCGCAGCGCGCGACACUUUAUAACAUUUCAGUUAGAUCUGGUCGAGGAUCUCAGCAGCUGCAAGAGGAAGUUUUUAAACUUCUGUGGUUUUAGUCUCUUAACCAUAAACAUCAUGAUCAUCAUAAUUGAAGAUCAGGCAGCUUUUGAUAAAGCUCUGGCUGAUGCAGGCGAUAAACUCGUUGUUGUGGACUUCACAGCCACGUGGUGUGGGCCUUGCCAGAGUAUCGCUCCCUUCUACAAAGGGCUGUCUGAUGCAGCAGGUAAUGCCAACGUGGUCUUCCUCAAGGUAGAUGUGGAUGAUGCACAGGAUGUGGCUCAGUCCUGUGAGAUCAAAUGCAUGCCAACAUUCUACUUUUACAAGCACGGAAAGAAGAUCGACGAGUUCUCUGGGUCCAACCAGAUGAAACUGGAGGAGCUGGUGAACACUCACAAAUGAACACUGAGAAAUGUGUGAAGCAUGAAUAUAAAUACAAGCUUGACCCCGAACAUGCCUGCUGUCAGUCCCAUAGACUUUUCUAACAAGCACUCAUUUUGUUGCUUAAUGAACUUUCGAUGCCCUGACGGAUGAACUGUAGAAAUACUAUGUUUAAACAACUACGCCUUACUCAGUUCAUUGUAUUUCCAUAAUUAUUUCAGGUUUCUUUUUUUAAACCAUGUAACUCCAUGAUUUAUGACCAGAAAACUAACCAUUGAAAUCAGAUGUAAUAAACAGAUCUAUAGAA